CCCGGUGUCCCCCGCCGCAGCCCCGCGACGACGGGUAGCUGAGCGCCGGCUCUGCUCUGCUCCGUGCCGCUGCCACCAUGUCCCUCUGCAGAGCCGCCUCCCAGGCGCUGGCCUCCCGCCUGAGCAGGGCUCCCGCCGCCGCCAGCCGCCUCAAGCAGCGCGCUCCUCCUCGCCAGAUGUCAUCUGGGAGCGUUCCUGGCUCUUCUGGAGACAACAUGAUGAUCUAUCUCCUUGCUGGUGUUGCUGCUUUUGGAGGUUUAUUUUAUGCCUACAGAGUAGUCAAUUCAUCACGCACCAAGUUUAUUGAACAUACAAAUAUUCUUCGCGAGAGAGCCGAGGGGMGAAAAAGCAAUUCUUGGUCAAGGAAGGAAGGUGAUGAAGAGACGGAUGAAGUCACUGAAGCAGAGAAGAAAUCGGAAGAGGCUGAUGCAGCAGCUGCUGUUGAACCUGCAGCACAGGAUGAGAGUGCUGGACCCACAGCACAGGAUGAGAGUUCUGGACCCACAGCACAGGAUGAGAGCUCUGGGGUAUCCCCAGAAGCCAGAGAGGAAAAGGACUUACUGGCUCCAGAGGCAUCCCAUGCUGUGGAGGAAGCACAGCAGGAAGCUGCUGCUAAUUCAGAAGCUGCUGCAGUGCAAGAAACUGUGAGUGAAGUCUUGGAUGUUGCAGCUUCUGCCCAUGAGAAAAACUUAGACAGUGACAAGGAAGGAGUAGCCUCAGCAGCUCAAGAGAUUUCUGAGCCAGCCUCAAAGAGCCAGGACACUGAUGCUGAGGAGUCAUGGCAAACUCCAGAAGGUGCAAGAGUCCAGCUGGGUCUGAAAUUUGUCUCUGAAAAGUGCUGGUGGUGUGAAGAAAAAUAUAGAGCAUAUAAUAUGAAUAAAGCUUGCAGUGCUUUGAUGCAACURUUAACAAUGUCAUACUGUUAUUGAAGCUGAACUAUGUAAUUGAAUGCAAAGAAAAAUGUGUGUUAAAAUCAUCACAGUGGAGAUCUUCAAAAGUGUUUAGAAGUUUGGUCUCUAAACUCCUUUAAAACUAGAAUUU